AUGUCUGAAACUCAUACCGGUGCAGCCACCUUUAAAAAGGUGCACGGUAUGAUUAGGAUCGAUGAAGAUGCAUCUCCAGCUACGCUGGUUUGGAGAUCAACGGAUGGUGAUAAAAGUACCACUGUUUUACUUAAUAUGGUAGACAAAUUGCAAGCAACGCCGGCGAACAGUGACAAAAUGAUGCUUAGAAUCGUGGGUAAAAUUGAUCCAAAUAUGAAGAAGAGAAAGGACAACGAGGGCAACGAAAUACCUGUGAAGGCGCCUGUUUACAUGUUCACGUUCAAUAAUAGAACAGUUAUGGAUAACAUUAAGGAAACUUUACAGCAUAUUAUUGCUAGAUACAAAGAUGAAGAAGCUACAGAGGAAAGGCAUAAGAACGAGCCAGAAACCGAGGCCCAAGAUAACCCUGCUGCUUCUGUGACCCCCCAGCCAGCGCAUCUACCUCAAGAUUUGAUUAAUACUACAACUCUCGAUACUUCUCUAACCAAAUCUAAGUUGCUUUCAAACCUUAAACUUCAACAAUCCUUGCUUAAGGAAAGCCGGGAACUAAUGACUAUAUUCCAGGAUACCGUGAUUAAAUCAGGUCUACCUCCACACGAGUUUUGGUCAACUCGUAUCCCCUUACUAAGAGCUUACGCUCUUUCUACCUCUCAAAAGACAGGCCCAUAUAACGUUCUAUCUACUAUUAAGCCUGUAGCAUCUUCGGAUAACAAAGUGAACGUCAAUGUGUCAAGAGAGAAGAUUCACACCAUUUUCCAAAACUAUCCAAUUGUUAGAAAAGCCUUUGACGAUAAUGUGCCAAAGAAUUUCAAGGAACAGGAAUUUUGGGCUAGAUUCUUCUCUUCAAAAUUGUUUCGUAAGCUAAGAGGUGAGCGUAUCAUGAACCAUGACAGAGGUGAUAUGAUUAUCGAUCGUUAUCUUUCAUUGGACCAAGAAUAUGAUAGACGAGACGACGAGUUGUUGCAACAUCCUGUGAGGAAAAUUAUAGAUAUCGAGGGAAAUAUAAACGAUGAUCCUGUCAAGAAGGGCCAUAGACCCGAUUUCACAAUGCGCUCGGGUAUUGAUCCUAAUGGUAACAGUGAUGGUGGUAUGGCUAUUCUAAAAGGUAUGAAUAGACUAAGUGAAAAGAUGGUUGAAUCAUUAGAAAACGAAUAUUCUAGAGCAAACUUGCCACAAGAAGAUCCUGACAAGGAGGAGAGGGAAGAGAUUCUGUUUUCCGAUCUAGAUGAAGACACACCUACUGAUUAUGCAGAAAUCAAGCUAAAAAGAAAGGUUCUUGAUGCCAAAAAUCGCCAAAUGCAUAAAGAGAAUAGUGCUAUAUCUUGGGAAGAAGUGAAACAUGAAAUCAAUUCAAUUACUUCUAUACUAGACACUUCUAUACUUGAUCUUACAACUUUGACACAUAUUACAGCAGACGUCACUAAAACAAUCAACCAGCGUAUUAUGAAAGCUGUUAAAGUUAAUGCAAAACAAUCUAAACACAUGAAUGGGGACACCUUAUUGGGAUCUACAAUGUCAGGUACAAGUAUGUUCCAAGAAGCUAAAGAAUCAGCAUCCCAUUUACCUCCAGAUAUAUUAGAAAGUUGCAGACUGCUCAACAGCAGUUGCUGUGAGUUCUUGAAACAUUUUUACAUCAACUUUCAAAGUGGUGACCCAAGAAAGACAAAUCUAGUGAAAAAACUUUACAAAAGUUUGAUGGAUUGCCAGGAAAAAAUUGAUUCUCUUUUGAACUCAGUUGAUACAGAGGAGAAUCAAGAAAUCGCAAAAUAUUGUAAAGCAUAUUUGGUUCAUGUCCUAGACUCAGUAGGGUUAGGAAUUAAUAAAUACAGGGCCCUUGUAAAAGGUACUGCUGCAUAA